AUGGCCGCGGCUUACGACAUCAAAAGGCAUUUUUCCGGACUGAGAGUGCAGACUGCACGACGCAAAGGCAGAGACCCCUUCGCGACUGGCUUCGAAGAUGAGAGUGAGGCCGAGGGACGGAAGAGCAGAACGAGGACCAAGGCCGCCCCACCCGCGGUGAAUAAACCACCUCCCGUCGAGUCCAGCCCUUUCGCCCACAUCGAUUCGCUGAAAAAGAACGACGAUACCGACGACGAUGACUUCCUGAACUUCGUCGCCACCAACAAGAACAACCAGGGAAAGCGGCCCGACCGCCGUCUGUCUCCCUCUCCGGCAUCUCUCGCUGCCCGGCGCCCGAUCGACGGACAAGGCCGCCACGGCUGUUUACCCUCCGCUCUUCCCACCACCGACCCGAAAAAGGCUGUUGUCCUCGCGGCCGGCCCUCUCGCAUACCUCGACGAUAGCAGCGAAGACGAGGCACCACCGCGACGCACGAACCGCCGUCCAUCACCCGCUCCACGACACCCUUCCGACCCGGAUUCGCGCCGCAACCGCUCGCAGACACCCGCAGGCAACGGCUCGUCUCGCAAUAGAGAACAGACAGGCGGAAAGCCCAAUACCAUCGUCCCCAAACACACUGUCGCGUCUGCAUUCGCAGGAACAGUAAGACCUCUCGGCUUUCGGCCACGUCACGUGACAAACCUCCAGAUCACGCGCUAACCCCAGAUUCUCGCCAGAAAUACCUGCAGGACAGCAGUGACGACGAGGACGAAGAAGCUGUGAGCUCGCGACAGGGCAGCUACGAUAGCACCGACACCCCGGAGCCACCGAAGAGCCAGCACCUCGAGGUCAAGCGUGUGGACAAGCCCAAGCACAAUGGCUCAGGAGUCUCCUGGCGCGCCUUCUCAGCCGGUCGCGCUGAACAGCGCUACGCCGAGGUCGAGGCUCUCCAAGCCAGUCUCCGGCAGCGUGGAAGAGCCAUCUCCUUUUCACCACACGUUACAACCGACGACGGUCAGAGAAUCCCUCUUAGCCCAACACGUGAACGCCCAACGAACCCCGCCGGACGAGUCAGGCGUUCCGGCCGAAGCAGGUCCCCUCCCCGACGGAUCGAGGACACGAAGCCCCCGGAGGACGAGAUGGCUGAUCGGGAGCCCGUCCGAGGAUCGCCUAGCCUCCAUGGGCCAGCGUCCGGCCAAACAAACCAUGUCUCCGGUGAGUGAUAAUUUGCGGUGGUGAAAGGAGCAACCUAUGCCAACAUGUGCCCCGUAGGAGAACCUGUCCGACGGACGAGGACCAACAGCGAGCCGGAGAGUGUCCAGCGAUCCGGAGGCACAACCUUCGGGAGCCUCCCUGACAUCCGCAUUGACCAUGUCACCCAGCAGUGAUGCAGUCCCCGAGACACCGGUGUCACCCACGGAUGCCAGUACUUUGGAGAACUCGGUCGAAUCGCUUGCCGCGAAAUUGACCGUCUCUCCCCAGACGAUCCCGGAAACCUCGACUGUCGACCACUCACUGCACUCUCCGCUGAUGUCACCGACCGCCGAGUACGACAGGGAUCCAUUGAGUCGGAACUCGAGCACGCGAUCGUUGCGCAUGCCACGUUCCAGCAGGAUCAUGCCUUCGCGACGCUCGUCGCGUCGUUCCACCUCUGCCACUACGUCGGUCAGCCCCGCACAAGCGUUUCUCUCGAACUGGGGCAGAGCGGCAGACGCCGAGGAAGCGAUACCCGAAAGCAAGCCGGACGACGAGGGCCAGGCAAUAGGUCUCAAUAAUGAGUACAUCAUCGGUCGCACCAUCUCGAAAGGAGGGUUUGGCGUGAUCAAGGAGGUGCACUCGAUCGAGAAUGGCGAAACGGUUGUUCGUGCGGUCAAGAUAGUGCGCAGAGCCAUCGCUGGGGUGAACGAGGCGGACAACGAAAAAGCUCAGCAGGAAGUUGAGCAUGAAGUCUCAAUCUGGCGGUAUCUACAGCAUCGGCAUAUUCUGGGGUUGUUUGCGGUCUAUGAGACGGAGUUUGCCACAUUCUGCGUGAUGGACCUGAACGUUGGCGGAACGCUCUUCGAUCUGGUCAGACAUUCUCGGAACAGCGCGCACAAGAACAACGGCCGCAAAGGUCUACCCGCGCAUCUCGCGAAGAAGUACGCGUACCAACUGGCGUGUGCACUGAGGUACCUUCAUGAAGACAUUCGGGUUUGCCAUCGAGAUGUGAAACUUGAGAACUGCCUAGUAGACCUCACGACACCGAAUGCCGACGAAGAAGGUGGCAACUUACGCCUCUGCGACUUUGGACUGGCAGACUUCCUGCACAGUGGAAGCAUUGACGAGGGUCCCGCUGAAUGUUACAAUGCGCGUCUGUCACUCUCUGGCGAGCUACCUGUGGCAAAGGCCUCGGCGAUCAUCGGCACGCUCGAAUAUGCGUCACCGAAGGGCCUGUCGGUCCACCGCAAGCUGUUCGAAACGGCGGGCGACGUGUGGGCAUUUGGUGUGAUUGUCUACGCACUCUGCACGGGCAACCUGCCCUUCCGCCACUCGAUGCCCAGCAAGACGGCGGAACUGAUCCUGCGAGCCGACUGGGACGAGAGUGCUCUUCGCGAGGCCGCCGCCGGGGGAGGCGAAGUCAUUGAGCUCGUCAAGGGCUGUCUCGAGAAGGACAUUGAUCUGCGCUUCACCAUCUCUGACGCUCUGCGAAGCACCUGGUUCGAAGGCUGCCGCGAAGCAGCUGAAGAGGAAGCAUCAUCAUCAUCAUCAUCAUCAUCAUCAUCGCGCGGCUUAUGGCACUAA